AUGACCAGCUAUAACCUCUCCCGCUCGGUUCAGAAUCUGCUGGACGAGCACCAGUUCUCGCCUGCGUCCUUUACCGUCAAGCUGUACCCUGACUAUUGGACACUCAACAACGGGUCUAAGUGUUUGUACACUCACCAGAUUGCGUCGCUUCUGGAUGACAUUCGUGCUCAGCGAAUACCGGUAGACUUCCUGGAAUUAUUUGACACCGCGAAGCUCCCGUUCUACGAUGAACUGCAGGAUUUUCGUCCACAGAGAGUCACAGAUCCCUUACUUGAGGAACCGCAGAGGAGUCGCGUGGUCCUGACCCCGAACCCUGAGAGCCUUUGGGCUGACAUUUGUUUGCUGAAUCAGAAGGCAGGGAAUACUUGGACGGAUCAUGAAGCGCUAGAGGUGGAAGCCCGAAUAUUGCUGGCUACAUCUCCACCGCUUUGUCUCGACCCCGACCCACAUCUAGUUCGUGUCGCGAACAAUGUCCUCAGGGCAUCCGGUCCAACGACGCCCCUCCCACUCAAGCGUAAAGCUGCCGUUAUGGAACAAGAGGACGACGAGACUGAGAAGGCGCGUAGGGCGAAGCUUGCACAAUUUAUGAAUCCCAAAUUCACAAGGCCAGCUUAUUUAGCCUCUCAAAUCAGUUUCCGCCUUUGGGAUGCUGCUGCUAGGUUCAGGAUUAGUAAGUCUCAAUCAAAUGCGCCCACGACCUCCCAGGCUACCCAGGCGGCUCUCCCAUACACCGGGGUUGCUCCUCCAGGGACACAAGCUGCCAUGCCAUACCCGCCAUCGGUAGCGCCUGUCCCCGUGAUUAUCCCCACCGCGAUUGCGGUACCACAAGCUCCCGCCACCCCCGUUCCACCAGCGGCUCUUACUCAGGCAUCUCAGGAACCUAGCAAGGCGAACGCAAAGCACGACGUCAUUCGGUCUCCUUCUGUGGCCAGAGCAUCCGCGACUCCAGCCCAGUCGACAGUGCCCCUGCCUAUCCCACCACAUCUACAGCCUCACUAUCCCCAGCAGGCGAACCUCCAGGCCGCUCCUAGACCGUCGCAAUCACCUCAUACGCCGCCUAAUACUGCCGCCGCAAAUAGUCCGUCCAAUGCUGGGACUCGGCCCUCUUCAGCAGCGCCUCAUCCCGCGCAACCAUCACAUGGUCAACACCAGCCGGUUCAAGGACAAGCACCUGUUGCUACCACACAACCUGUGCAUACCGCAGGUACGUUCCAGCCACCUGUAACAGCGGUCAACUUUGCCUCUCAAGCAGCCGCAGGCAAGAAGAGAACGCAACCAAAUGUAACUGCAAAUGGAACACCCGCUUCCAAUUACCCUCAGGCUGGGCAGACGGCACAGCAUCCUACACAACCGCCAGCCAUGCCUUAUAGCAUGUACUACCAGAUGCAAGCAUACCAGAACGCUGCCGCCCAACAGCGCAUGAAUCAGGCCCCGGGCCCCAGCGCAUCACCCGUGGCCGGAAAUUCGACAGCUGCAGGCCAGGCGAAUGCUCCGGCCCGCAAUAGCCCUAUGCCUGCCAAUCAACGACUCACCACUCAAUCACCUAUGCCGCCGAACGCGCAGCAGCAAGCCGCUCAUGGGCCUCAGCAAACGAAUUACAACUACGCGGCCUUGCAAAAUCAGUACAACGCCGCCGCCGCCGCCGCUGCUCAUCUGCGUCCUGUGGCCCAUGGUCACCCGUCGCACCCUCAGAUGCUGCCACAGCAGAUGGCUGGCGGAGCGCAGGCGGCGGCAUCGACCGGCGCACAGCAGCAGCACGGCGUCCCGCACGACCAGGCCCAGGCUGCGCAGAUCCUGGCACAGUAUCCUCAUAUGUACAUGAAUCAUGCCCAUGUGGGCGUGAAUAUGCAGCCUGGACGAGUGCUUGCGGGCUAUUGGCCAGGCAUCGGGCGUGGUGCGCCCAUACCCAACGCCCAGCACCAGAUGCCGGCGAUGACGAACCAUCCCCAGCAGAUGCCGCUUGGGGCGAACAAGGCGGCGCAGGGAGGGUCGUGA